CUGAGAGUUCAGCACAUAGAGACAAGGGUCAAGCUUCUUUUCUCCAGUUCCCCAACUACUCGCUGGCUUAACUCCGUUACCGCCGACAUCACCGACUAUACCUGAUUUCAAAGCAUUUGAUUGUUAAGCAUAUCUAUACCCUCCAAUGCGAUUCAUAAGGAGUUCCUGGAAGUCACCUUCGAUGCGUGAUCUGUCAAAGCAAAUGGCAUUCUGUCUUGAACUGCAUCAUGGCAUCUUAUCUCAUCACGGGAAGCUCAAGAGGGAUUGGGCUAGCUUUGGUCCGUCUUCUGGCUUCCAAGCCGAGUACAGAGGUGGCAGUGGUCUUUGCAGCCGCGCGAACACAGACCGAUGCAUUGACCCAGUUGGUUGCGCAGACUUUUGGGCGCGUUUAUCAGGUUGAGAUGAAUGUUACCGAUGACCGAAGCAUCGCGUCGGCAGCUGCGACCGUCGAGAAGGUCUUGGCUGGUCGAGGACUCGACGUCCUAGUCAACAACGCCGGUGUCAUGCCAUUUACACCCGAUGGGAUUGAGACAAUGUCAGACUUGAACUCCACGUUCCGCACCAAUGUGACCAGCGCUCAUAUGGUUACAAGUGCCUUCUUGCCAUUGUUGAAACAAGGUACUCUGAAGAAGGUGGUCAACGUAUCCUCCACCUUUGGCUCCAUCGCCAGGGCGUCGAGAUCUGCCCGUGCCGCAGCCCCGGCUUACAAAAUCACCAAGGCCGCCCUCAGCAUGCUGACCGUACAAUAUGCCCAGUCUUUUGCCAGAGAAGGUUUUAUUUUCAUGAUCAUCUCAUCUGGUUGGGUAAAAACAGAUCUUGGAGGCGACAAUGCCGACUUAACGCCCGAGCAGAGCGCCACUGCCGUAUUCGAUCUCAUUUCUUCUGCAACAAGCGCCCACAACGGCAAAUUUUACGAUAUUUUUGUGGAUGGAUGGGACUUCUACGAUGGUGCCGAGGUGCCAUGGUAG